CCAGGGCCUUGGUCCCUCGUGUGCCAGGGAGUAGGCGGGAGGAGGAACACCGUGGGGAGGCUGUGCCCUGGGAGUGCUCUUCUGGCUGGUGUUCCCAGGGUCCUCGGCCCGUGGAGGAUGGUGAACACAUGGGUGGCUGCUUCUGCAUCCCCAGGGAGCGGAGUCUGUCCUGGGGCCCAGGUAAAGAAACUCUUUCCAAGGAUCCAGCCAUAUCGAGUGAGUUUAGAUCCUCACCUGAAGAUAAGGAAAGAUGUUUCCUGUUACAGAACAUGACUCCAGACCUGACACUCUCCUUCAGUGUGAAGAGCCGCUCCAGGAGGUGUGUAAAUGGCCCCCUGCAGGAAGCAGCCAGGAGGCGGCUCUGGGCGCUGGAGAACGAGGACCAGGAGGUGCGUGCUCUGUUUAAGGACCUCUCAGCCAGGUUGGUGGGCAUCCAGUCCCAGCAGGCCCAGUUCCUCAUCACCUUCAAGACCGUGGAGGAAAUCUGGAAGUUCUCCACCUACCUGAGCUUAGGCUAUGUGUCUGCGUGUCUGGAGCAUCUUCUCUUCGACCACAAGUACUGGCUCAACUGUGGAUUGGUGGAGGACACAGAGGUCCAAGUGUCCGUAGAUGAUAAACACUUGGAGACAAUAUUCCUGGCACUCCUGACGCAGGAAGGGCUUUUCUCGUUAUCUGCAGGCCACUUCUUCUGCAGAGCCACGUGUGCCGUGGCUCAGCCAGCUGAGCAGGAAGGCGAGUGUCUGACACUCGGCGAGGGCGAGCUGAUCUCAGUGAAAACAGCUGACGGCGGGUCCGAGUGCGAAGGCAUGUCCCUGGUGACGGGUCAGCGGGGCCUGGUGCCGGUGUCAGCCCUGGAACCUCUGCCGCUCCCUUUCCACCAAUGGUUCCUGAAGAAUUAUCCGGGAAGCUGUGGCCUUCCCAGAAAGAGGGAUUGGACGGGCUCCUAUCAGAUUGGCAGAGGAAAAUGUAAGGCCUGGAAGGACUACGAGAGGGAAGAAAAGGACGAACUGGACCUCCGCCAGGGAGAAAGCAUCGAGAUCGUGGGCUUUGUCAUACCUGGGCUUCAGUGGUUCAUUGGGAAGUCGGCGUGCUCCGGAGAAGUGGGCUUUGUCCCCACCAGGAACAUAGAUCCCGACUCUUACUCCCCAACGAGCAAGAACUCCGCCUUUUUCAGUGAUGAAGAGAGAUGCUCUCUGGGAGUCCUGGGAAGUGACGGGAAAGCUGAGAGCACCAGCUUCCUUCACGCGCUUGCUCAAACUGACAUAACGUCUGUCUACCGGCUUAGUGGGUUCGAGUCCAUCCAGAAUCUUCCAAAUGAUCUGAGCGCGUCCCAGCCUGACGGCUUCCAGGAGGCCCGGCCUGGGGGGGCCAGGGAGGAGCAACAGGCCUCGGGCUCCGGACGGUCCAGCAGCUCCGAGGACUGCAGCCUGGAGGAGCUCCUCUCCGCCGCCUCAGACAGCUAUCACCUGCCGGAGCCAGACGACCUGGAUGACCCGGAGCUGCUCAUGGACCUGAACUCCGGUCAGGAGGAGGAGGAGGCCGAGACCUUCGCCCCCAUCUUGGCUUUCCUGGAUCACCAGGGUUACGCCGACCACUUGAAGAGCCUCUAUGAUUUCUCCUUCUCUUUCCUCACGUCUUCCUUUUAUAGCUUCUCCGAGGAGGACGAGCUGGUGGUCUACCUGGAGGCCUCCAGGAAGUGGGCCAAGCGGAGCCACAUGACCUGGGCCCAUGCCCGGCUCUGCUUCCUCCUGGGCCGGCUGAGCGUCAGGAAGGUCAAGCUCUCCCAGGCCAGGGUGUACUUCGAGGAGGCCAUCCGCAUUCUCAACGGGGCGUUUGAGGACCUGUCCUUGGUGGCUGCUCUGUACAUCAACGUGGCUGCCAUCUACCUGCGGCAGAGGCUAAGGCACAAAGGCUCGGCCCUGCUGGAAAAGGCAGGGGCCCUGCUGGCCUGCCUGCCCGACCGGGAGUCCAGUGCCAAGAACGAGCUCGAUGUGGUGGCCUACGUGCUACGCCAGGGCAUUGCGUCGGGCAGCUGCCCCCUGGAGGCCCGGGCCUGCUUCCUGGCCAUCCGAUUGCUCCUAAGCCUCGGCCGGCAUGAGGAGGUCCUGCCCUUCGCGGAACGGCUGCAGCUUCUCUCUGGACACCCUCCCGCCUCGGAUGCGGUGGCCACCAUCCUGAGUUUUCUGUAUGAUAAGAAAUACCUUCCGCACCUUGCAGUGGCCUCUGUCCGGCAACGUGGUCCCCAGAGUGCCCAAGGGAUGUCCCUUCCGGUUUGGCAGGUCCACCUGGCCCUCCAGAAUGCUACCAAGCUCCUCCGCGUUCCCUCCACAAGCUGGAAUGAAGUUUCCCCCCUGGCCUGUCCGGCGCUCAGGCAGGCGCUGGCCGCCUGUGAGGAGCAGGCAGAUCGGCGCACCCAGAGGGCCCUGUGUCUCAUCCUGUCCAGAGUGUACCUCCAACACAGGUCUCCUGAUGGUGCCAUCUACUACCUGAGCCAAGCCUUGGUGCUAGGGCAGCUGCUGGGGGAGCAGGAAGCCUUCGAGUCUGCCCUCUGCCUGGCAUGGGCCUAUCUCUUAGCCAGCCAGGCGAAGAAGGCUUUGGACAUCCUCUACCCACUCCUACACUCCCUGAAGGAGACAGAGGAUGCUAUCCAAAAGGGGGUAGUCCAGAACCUUCUGGGACUUGCACUUCAAGGUGAAGGCCGGCUGAACAGGGCAGCCAAGAGCUAUCUCCGGGCCUUGAACGGGGCCCAGGAGGUGGGGGAUGUGCGUAACCAGGCAGUGACUUUGGCUAAUCUUGGCCAUCUCUCCCUUAAAUCUUGGGCCCAGCAGCCAGCCAGAGACUAUUUCCUUCAGGCCGUCCGACUCUAUUGUCAACUCCAGGGCAGUGUGGAGACAGACAUGGAAUUAGUACAGGUGCUUCUCUGGUUGGCCCAAGUCCUGGUGUGUGGAUGCCAGCUGGCCAGUGGGCGCCUUUGUUAUGAAAUGGCCUUGCUGUUUGGCUUAAGGCAUCGGCACCUAAAGAGUCAGCUUCAGGUCACCAAAUCCCUCUGCCAUUUCUACAGCUCUGUGUCCCCAAACCCCGAGGCAUGCAUCACCUAUCACGAGCACUGGCUGGCCCUGGCUCAGCGACUCAGGGACCGGGAGAUGGAGGGGCAGCUGCUGGAGUCCCUCGGGCAGCUGUAUCGGAACCUAAACACGGCCAGGUCCCUCAGGAGGUCCCUCACCUGCAUCAAGGAGAGCCUGCGGAUCUUCAUCGACCUGGGCGAGGAGGGCAAGGCUGCCGAGGCCUGGCUCGGGGCUGGGCGUCUCUACUACCUCAUGCAGGAGGACGAGCUGGUGGAGCUGUACUUGCAGGCAGCCAUCCAGAAAGCGCUGAAGCCAGAAGAGCCCUCCCUGGCCCUCAAGCUCUAUGAAGAAGCAGGUGAUGUGUUCUUCAAUGGGACCCGCCACAGGCAUCGCGCGGUGGAAUAUUACCGGGCGGGGGCUGUCCCUUUAGCGAGGAGGAUGAAGGCCGUGAGAACCGAGCUCCGGAUUUUCAACAAGCUGACCGAGCUGCAGAUCAGCCUGGAAGGCUACGACAAGGCUCUGGAGUUUGCCACCCUGGCAGCCAGGCUCAGCACAGUCACAGGAGAUCAGAAGCAGGAGCUGGUGGCCUUCCACCGUCUGGCCACAGUGUACUACUCCCUGCACAUGUAUGAGAUGGCCGAGGACUGCUACCUGAAGACUCUGUCCCUCUGUCCGGCCUGGCUGCAGACCCCCAAGGAGGCCUUGUACUACGCAAAGGUAUAUUGUCGCCUGGGCCGACUCACGUUCUACCAGCUGAAGGAUGCCCAUGAUGCCACUGAGUACUUGUGGCUGGCCCUGGCAGCAGCGGCCCUGCUGGGCGACGAGGAGCUGCAGGACACCAUCAGGAGCAGGCUGGACAGCAUCUGCCAGAGCCCCCUGUGGCUCAGCAGCCCGUCCGGGCGCUCCGCAGAGAGGGCGCGGUGGCUGAGUGGCGGGGGCCUGGCCCUCUGAGGAGAGCUGGCCCAGCUCUGACCAGUUGCCAUGCCAGAAGUGCCUCCCUGCCUUAGGCUCCUGGACACUAAUUGGAGGGUCUAAGUCAUCACCUGGCCCAGCCCCUCAUUUGACAGUGAGAAGAGGGGCUCCUUCGGUGCUGGACACACAGCGGUGGGAGAUGGAGCCCGGAGAGAAGUCCCGGCUGGGGGUCCAGCGCCUUCCCAGUUGACGGUGGUCCUUCCACACAGCUGGCCUCGGAAAUGCACUUUUCUCGGCCCACGAUUCUCCUGGAGAAAAUGAGAAGCCGUGCCCUUGGGAAGCCUUGCUCCUUCCCCGGGGAAAUCAGGGACUGGCUGGGAGGAGGCAAGCGAUUGGACUUGGCUGCCUCACUGACUUUGCUCAGGGAAAGACCCCUCCCCUUGCCCGUGGAGGGGCCUGGGGACCGGCAGGUGGGAAUGACCAUGCUCUUAGCCCCAAAGACACAGCCUCAGAGUGGCCCCAGAAAGCACAGGCAUGAGGUCGAAGGCAGGUUCACUUGUCUCCAUCCUGCCCCGAGGCUCCCCGCUCCCUGUCUCCUCCCCCCGCCCCCCCAAGAACCAGAAGAAGCUUCCCAAGGGCCAGGAUGUAAAAAUUGAGCCUUAGAAAGCUAUGACAUAGAUGACGUGUAAAUAGUGUAUAUUAUUAAAUAUUGCCCAUUUGCAUUUGCACAGA